GGCGCAGCGGUUCAAGCCCGCGGGUCCUGGCUUCACCAUGGCCAAAUUCGUACUCGCUGGUGAGUGAUCCCCGCGUCCGCCCGCAGAUCGCUCAAAACACCGACAGCUACUCUGCUCCUAUGACCGCUUGCCGGUGAUCUUCUUAACUGGCCUAUGUUCUAGCAACUUCAGCCUCUAUAUGGACCACGCAGGCUUUAUUAUGCUUUCAUUCAAAAAUGUAUGUUGGGCAGUGACUAUACAAAGCACUGCUGGACACAGGGGAUACAGUGAGGGGAAAGACACAUCCCUGCCUUCGAGGAGCUUUCAGUCUCCUGGGAUACAGAAGCAUGUAAACAAGUACUUUUGAUACAGUGUGAUUAAUGCAAUGAGAGGUAGAGCAGAUUGCCCAUAUUAUGCUAAAGCAGAACUUCUGGCAGAUUAUUUACAAAAGAACCUUCCUGAUUUUCGGAUACAUAAAAUUACACAGCAUCCUGAUGUUUGGGAGGAGUGGCUGAAAGAGUUGUGUAAAAAGAAUAAGUGGAGUCACAAAAAUUCCCCCAUCAUCUGGAGAGAGCUGUUGGAUCGUGGAGGAAAGGGUUUGCUUUUGGGAGGAUAUAACGAGUUCCUAGAACAUGCCCAGCUUUACUAUGGUGUCACCUCUAGCAUGACCACUGAGCUGAUGAAGACAGCUGCUCAAGAGAACCUGGGGGCACACAUAGAAAAAGAGCUGGAGAAAGAAGCCCUGAAAGGUCUCAUCAACCCCUUGCAGGUCUGGAUCACCAGUGCAUCGGCUCUUGCCUGCUACAACCUAAUUCCCAUCUUGACAAGUGGUGAAGUGUUUGGACCGCAUAUGGAAAUUAGCAUAAACCUAUUUGACAACAAGCAGGCAGAAGAGAAACUCACAAGCCUUGUGAAGGAGGCUCAGGACCUGGCGUCGCCCUUCCUGCAGAGUGUGUCCGCCUGCACCCAAGCGGAGGAGGCCUUCCGCCAGGCCCACGUGAUCAUUUUUCUCGACGACCACGUGGACAAGGAGGUGUACAGUUUGGAAGACUGCAUCCGAAGCAAGGCUACUCUGUGCCACCUCUACGGAUCCCUGAUUGAGAAAAAUGCUCAUGAUUCCGUCAGAAUUAUUGUGGGAGGAAAAACCUUUGUGAAUCUCAAAACGUCUUUGCUUAUGAGAUACGCCCCAAACUUCGCCCACAAUAUUAUCGCUGUGGCCUUGGGCGUAGAAGGCAAAGCGAAGGCGGCGCUGGCCAGAAAACUGAAAACGACUCCGUCACGCAUCAAAGAUGUGAUAAUUUGGGGUAAUAUUAGUGGAAAUAACUACGUCGAUCUGAGAAAAGCCAAGGUUUACAGAUAUGAGAGUGCUGUUUGGGGACCUCCUCACUAUUCACGCCCUGUUUUAAGCCUGAUUUUUGAUAGUGACUGGGUAAACAGAGAAUUUGUGGAAAGUCUUAAAAAGUUCACCGCCACAGGAAGACAAUUUGGGGGCAUCUUAGCUGCACACAGUAUAGCCACUACGUUGAAAUACUGGUACCAUGGCUCACCCCCUGGGGAGAUUGUGUCUUUAGGGGUACUGAGUGAAGGCCAGUUUGGUAUUCCUGAAGGGAUUGUCUUUUCUAUGCCUGUGAAAUUCGAGAAUGGAACUUGGGUGGUUCUUACAGAUCUCGAAGAUAUUGAAAUAAGUGAACAAAUAAUGACCCGAAUGACAAGUGAUCUAAUUCAGGAGAAACUUGUUGCACUUGGAGAGUUGAUAAAUUUUCAGCCGUAUCAAUCAGAAACCGACUUAGCCAAAGAAGAUGAAAAGACCACCUUACCUACCACAAAUGACAACCGGGAGCAUUGCAAAGUCUCAGAUGGCCAUACCUAAGACAUGGGCCUAGGUGGCCAUGUUUGCUCAGAUGUCCUUACCACCUUGACCUCAGCUGAUUGGGCCAGAAUGGA